AUGGCGUCGGCACCCCGGGUGCUGGGCCCACUCAGCCAGUUUGCAGCCUUUCCACUCAGCCCCACCACCGCCUCGGCGGCGUCACUGGUGAGGACCAAGCUCCGGGAGGUGGCCCGACGCCCCCCCAUCACACUGCGGGCGCGGGAGGUUCCGGCCUGGCCAAGCCCGGAGCCCAGUGCCGCAAGCCCGCGUGGCUCGGAGUGUGCUGACAGCACGCACACCGUCACCAGGCCACGGUCACCAGGCCCGGCAGGGACGGAGCAGCCCCAGGCACCUCCACCCUGGCGGCGGCGGGGUGCACGGACCGGAACUCCCGGAGGCCACGCGCUCCCACACCUGCGCUCCCGGGAGCAGGCCCGCGCUCAGGCGCGGGAAAGGGCUACCGCCACCCAGGUCUCAGCACUCAGCCAGGCUGGGGACACCCUCCAGCAGAAGCCAGGCGGACAGACUCCGGAGGGCGUGCACCCGGCUGCGGGGCCCCUUCCCACCAGCCGACCUGUGCCUCCUGGGACUGCAGGCCAGGGGCCCGCCACGCCUCCUCUGAUGGCCGGGGCAGCCUCCGGCCCAGGACUCCGGGGGUCAGAGCACCUGUCGGGGUCUGAUGGAAGACGACGGUGGGACACAGCUGACCGCACAGCCAGGGAGAGCGCUCAGGGCGGCUCCGUCUCCGGGUCUGACCCCCGUGUGGGUCUGCACCGUGUAGAGAAGGGCAUUCCUGAAGAGAGCCUGGGCCGGGCCCCGUGCCCGCUGCUGGCAGCCGCCCUCGAGCAGCACAAGGGGACUUUGUGUGUCUCCUCGGCCUCGAGCUGGAGCUGCCCAGACCCUCUGAUGGGCUUCCCCACAGGACAGGGCAGCCGAGUCGGGGGCCCAGGCCAUCCCUCCUGGCAACAACUGCUCAUGAAGCCCGUGCGUUACCUCAUCGACUGCCCACCACCUGGGCUGCUUUCACCCCCACUUUCUGGAGAUGCUCAGACAGAUCCCAUGACGUGUCCCCGAUCGUCCAGGCACAAAGGGCCCGGCAUCUGGACUCGUGUGCGGUUUCAGAGCCCACCUUCCUUCCCGGCGACCCGCUGGUUCCCUUACAGACAAAACACCAGAGACAGGACCAGCCCGCCCUGCCCUGCCUGCACCCGCGACGGCCAGCUCACCUCCAGCCCCCGCAGCCUGGAGUCCCGCCCCUACCCCUCAGCUCAAGCAGAUGAGGUCCCAGGGCCUGCUCUGCACACUCCCAGGGUGGCCUGCUUCCUACGAGGCUUUUAA